AGCUUAAUAUUUAAUACUUAAUCAAUUCAUUUUGUUUUGUUUUCUUGCCUCUGGCUUCAAAAUUACCAAAAGGUGUCGCUAUCAGCUCACAGAGUUAAACACUAUCUGUGCGACGCUCCUCCUUUUUCGUUUAAUAGAGGUGUUAGUACUUCUUUGUUCAUUGUAGCAGUAAAGCACAUCCUCACUGUAUGAAGGCCUCCAAUCUGGAUCUAUGUGGACAAUGGUACCACCGCUGCAGUGAUUUUUUUUUUUCGAAUUACUUAUUUAGCAGCCUAUAGGCAGAAUGCAACAAGGAAAUAUUUUUCGGAUGCGGAUUUAUUUCUUGUUCUACAUAUCUCACAUAUGGAGUGUCGCAGCACAGAUUGUGUAUUCUGUAACGGAGGAAUCCAGCCCGGGUACCACUGUGGGGAAUUUGGCAAAAGACUUGCAUCUAGAUGUACAAGAAUUGGAAACUAGGAGUUUUCAGAUUUCAGGACCUAAUACGAGGUAUUUUGAAGUGAAUGCAAAGACUGGGAUACUUUUGGUGAAAGACAGAAUAGACCGAGAGGAGCUCUGCUCUCGUAAUGUGAAGUGUUCUCUGGAAGUGGAAGCCAUUGUCAACUCUCCGCUGAAUAUCUAUCGCUUUGAGGUUAAAAUUUUGGAUAUAAACGACCAUGCACCUGCAUUUCGAAUACCCGGAAUAGUUUUGAACGUUUCCGAGUCAGCUUUUACUGGUGAAAGGUUUGCACUACCAAAGGCAAUCGAUGCAGAUGUUGGCAGUUAUUCUGUUAAAGGCUACAAGCUGAGUCAAAGCGAACAUUUCACCCUGGAUGUACAGAACGGUGGAGAGGCGACUAUGUCAGCUGAAAUGGCGCUGCAGAAAGCCUUAGACCGUGAGAAACAGCCAGUUAUCAAACUAACACUGACCGCUGUAGAUGGAGGGAAACCUCCCAAAACAGGCACAUUGCAUAUAACAGUUAAUGUGCAAGAUGUAAAUGAUAAUAUUCCGAUUUUUGACAAGCCGCUGUACAAAGCCACAGUGCUCGAGAACACGCCGCACGGUGCCACCGUGAUUUCUGUGCAUGCUCAGGAUUUAGACGAGGGUCCUAACGGAGAAAUACUGUAUUCAUUUAUAAACCAAGACAAUGAUAUCGAUGUCAAUACAUUUUCCAUUGAUCCAGUAACGGGAGAGAUUACGGUAAAUGGUGAAUUGGAUCACGAAAAAAGCAGUGCAGUUGAAAUACGGGUCCAAGCGAAAGAUAAAGGCGCAAGUUCAAGAGCAUCUCAUUGUAAAGUACUCGUCGAAAUCACGGAUGUUAAUGAUAAUCCACCAGAAAUAUCAGUAACCUCCUUAGUCAACGUAGUGAGGGAAGACGCACCCCUAGACACAAUGGUUGGACUUAUUACAGUGAGAGAUAACGACUCAAAUAAAAAUGGUGUUGUUCAAGUUAGAAUAGUUUAUUCAGUGCCGUUUAAAAUCAAGAACACGUAUAAAAAUCAUUAUUCUUUGGUAGUAGACGGAACUCUAGACAGAGAACGAGCUUCUGAAUAUAAUGUGACGAUAACAGCGAGUGACGAAGGGGUUCCAUCUCUUUCCAGCACAAUCGUUGUUACAGUCCACGUGUCUGAUGUCAAUGACAACGCACCUCAUUUUAAAGAGCCUGUAAUAAACAUUUUCGUCAAAGAGAACAGUCCCGUGGGCGCUGCUAUCUAUACCAUGACUGCAGAUGAUCCGGAUGUAGACAAAAAUGCAAAAAUAACGUUUUCAGUAAACGAUAAUCAUAAAAACAAUUUAAUAGGAUCAGUUAUAAACAUUAACUCAGAGACUGGAGAUAUAGUCAGCCUGCAGUCUUUUAACUAUGAAGAGUUAAAAACGUUUCAGUUUAAAGUUCAGGCCACAGACUCUGGUGUUCCUCCGUAUUACAGGAAUGUGAGGAUGAUGUCAAGCAAACACAAUUUGUACAUGCUCACACUGUUGUAA